GCGGCAGGCAAAAGAGUAAAUAAUAAAAUGUAACAUUGACAGUUUUCAGAUUUUGCUUUAAUUUUUAAAGAAUAAUAAAAAUAAAUUAACUAAUUCAAGAUAACCCAAGUAAGAUAACGAGUUAUCAAUCUUUGCUAAAAUGCCGGGUCCUGCCGAUAACAAUUUCUUCGCUGAGCCGAUGCAAAUUGAUUAUGAAAACGAUAACGACAACGGUCAAGACGGGGAGGGUGUUUAUCUCGUGGAAGAUCCUACCCUGGAUUUAGAAAACUACAUCAACUCCUACACCGGCUUGGCGAAACUUUUUCGUCUUAUUCACAUUGCCGAUCACUGCCCAGUUCUGCGCCUGGACGCCCUAAAAAUGGCGAUUGCCCAUGUAAUGACGACCCACAAUGUGGCCAUGUACCAGUCACUCCACGCCAAGAUGAGAGAAACUGUCGCCAUGAUAUUACCUCCACUCCCCGAUGUUGCUGCUGGUCUUGAUGACGUUGCGCCAAAUAAUGACCCCCAAAUCCCGCCGGUUGAACUUCCCUCCAUCGACAUGCCCUGGAUUGAACAACGGGCGAAAAAAGCUGCCCUCAAAUUGGAAAAACUUGACGCGGAUUUGAAAAAUUACAAGUCGAAUUCCAUCAAAGAAUCGAUUCGUAGAGGACACGACGACCUUGCGGAACAUUAUUUGGACACGGGUGACCUCACGAAUGCCCUGAAAUGCUUUUCUCGUGCGAGAGACUACUGCACCUCGGCGAAACAUGUGGUCAACAUGUGUCUAAAUGUUAUCAAGGUGUCAAUUUAUCUUCAAAAUUGGUCUCAUGUCAUGAGUUUUAUCGCAAAAGCGGAAACCACGCCGGAUGUGAUGGAUCAAGCGAAGUCUACGUCCAAGGAAAACCAGCAAAUCGUCACGAAGCUGAAGUGCGCAGCAGGACUGGCAGACCUGGCACAGCGAAAAUAUAAAACAGCGGCGAAAUUUUUUCUCGAAGCGAGUUUCGACCAUUGCGAAUUCUCGGAUAUGUUGUCCCCUAACAAUGUUGCAAUUUAUGGAGGACUCUGCGCCCUCGCUAGCUUCGAUAGAGAAGAGUUGAAAAAGUUUGUCAUUUCAAACAGUUCAUUCAAACUCUUCUUGGAGUUGGAGCCCCAAAUUCGUGACGUGAUUUUCAAGUUUUACGAGUCCAAGUACGCCACAUGUCUGAGUCUUUUAGCCGAAAUGAGGGAUAACUUGGUGUUGGACUUGUAUCUCGCCCCCCACGUGCGGCCCCUCUACGCCCUAAUCAGAAACAAAGGGCUCAUACAAUACUUUUCUCCGUACGAGUCGGCUGACCUCUCCCGCAUGGCGGCAUCCUUCAACACAACCAUUUUCGACCUGGAAAACGAACUCAUGGGGCUUAUCCUCGAUGGUCAGGUCGAAGCGCGGAUCGAUUCUCAUAACAAAAUCCUAUUCGCGAAGAAGAUUGAUCCGCGUAGUGUGACCUUUGAGCGCAGCCUCCGCGUGGGGGACGAGUACGAGCGGAAAGCAAAACUCAUGAUCCUCCGCGUCGCCAUGCUCAAGGCGCAAAUCCAAGUCAAAUCCCCCGUCCUCCGCAAUGGACAAGGUGACGCUCCUGGGAACAGCAAUUACCGAAUUCCACGCGAAUAAAGAGAGAUUAAAAUGUGUAUUAAUGUACAUAAAUUACGUUUUGUUAUCGUGACCCUGUUCAAUUUGAAGAUAAUUUAAUUACUUAGCUUAUCUUGGUUGGUUAGCUUAUCUUGACUGAAUUUUUUUUUACAAACACCAAAUGUUUUCGAUAUAUCACAAUAUUAAAUAAGUUUUAAUUUCCGGUAAUUUUUUUAGUCAAGAAAUUAAACGUUAAAUACAAUUUUAGUCAAUAAAUAAUA